GAUGGGAUGGCAGGGGUUUCAGUUCACCCCCCACAGAGCAAGAGCAACUGGCUCAAGGAAGUCUGUGUGGGACUGGACGGAGGCCGCCAGCAGGGUCGGGGGCCAGGCUAACUCCCCCUCUGUGUUCCCUGCUCCGGCCACCUCCCUCCUCUGGGGCAGGGCCCUGGUGGUCCCUGGGUGGGCCCCCGCCUAGCUGGUUCUGUUGGUGAAUGCUCAGUGCCCAUCGCCCCAGACCUAGCUUUUCAUCUGACUUUGCUACCAUCUCUUUAUUUUCACUCAUCUAAACAAAUACUACAGGACAGAAGUAGCGGGAAGUCUGACUCAAAGGCGAUACAUUUCAUCACCAGGGUCUCUGCACCAACAGCGUUAUCAGGGUGGCCAGGAGGGGCUGGCUUUAAUCCAUGGACAUGAAAGGAAUGGCUUGUGACCGUCCUGUUCAUCACACAGAAAAGAGUUGUUUUUAGUUUAAGCACCUUUGAGACAUUUCCCUAAGCAGCUCCUAUUUGAUUGCCCUUAUUUUCAUCACAGAGAUGCUGUGGGAGAUGUGACGGGCUUCUCUUGUUAUUCUCAUGGUCCGUCUCUCCUCCAGCCUCUGUUCUUGACCUUUCUUAACGGUUCGCACAGUCUGUCCUCAGACGUGUCCCGAGUGCCCGCUGCACCGGGCUCAGGGCGUGCGGUGGCGGAAGAGUCCCUGACGGCCCUUGGAGAUGGACAGUUAGAGCCCACCGACCCAGCGCGGCAAGGGCCCCGGAGGGAGCCUGGGGUUUGGGCUGUGAGUGCCACCAGCAGGGCUCAUCGCUAGGCUGGGGAAGGGCCGAGGGAAGGCGCCCCUCCUGAGAAAGUCACAUUUGAACCUAAGGACGAGCUGGGUUUACUUCACGCAGAGGCGUGAUUCUCCGCACAAGUUUAGGUGGCGGAAGCCAAGCUGGAUAAUCGUCCCACCCAGCUGGUAAGGCUCAGCUUCCUUGUCUCUGGGAGCCUGACUGCAGCUCUCACCCUGUGUGUCCUCUGAGCUCAUGCAGCCCCGGCAACUCAAAAUCACACGUUCCAGUGCCCGAGGGACAGGCUCCCUGCCUCUGGAGCCAUGGCCAAGCUCCUCCUUCCUCUCGGGGUCCCGUUUUACCCUUGGUCCUCCAGGCUGGAGAGUGUUCCUUAGAGCCGGGCCCACGCCCGUCGGCUGCGCUGCGGCUUCCAAAGGGCUCGGCUGGUUUGACUUGUCCACGCUCUGUCUCGGGGGCCUCUCCUAUCGCAGCGCUCAAACCAAGAAGGGAAGGGAGAGGGGGAAGAGAAGGAUGGGACCUACCAUACAGAAAUGAAGCACGGUUCACAGCAAUCCCACAGACAGCACUAAAAGGCAAACGGCAGGCGGGGGGAAGUAUCUGCAGAGAUGACAAACUAAGGAUUCAUAUUCUCGAAAGUAAGAAGGAGAUCCUUACAGACAUUUCACAGAUGAAACCCCAGUUGUUAAUGUGUAUUUGGCAGAGUGUGCAGCCUAUCAGUAAGCAGACGUAGAAGUGAAAACAAUGUAUUUUCACCUGUCAAAUUUUCAGCGGUGAGGAAAAGGUAGCACCCAGUGUGGGGCUGGCUGACGGGGAAGCCGGCACCCCGUGCGGCGCUGGAGGCCAUACGCGCUGGUGGAGCAUCUGGAAAGCGUCUUGGAAGUAGGUCUAAAGAUACUGAGCAAUGUUCCUUCUCCAGCCACUAAUGCCAUUCUGAGAAUCUAUCUGAGGAGUGAGCAGUGACAAGGGGAGCUUCUCAAGAGACCAGGUUAAACAACAGAGGUCGGGCGUACAAGUGUUGUGAUACACAACCCCACUUACAUUACACCCUCAUGCAUAAACAUUUUCUUCGGGUGAUUUGUGGGGGGAUUUUUUUCUUAUGGGUGAUUUCGAUCAUCACACUUUACGUAUUUUGUAUUUCUCAUAUUUUCUACAGUAAGCAUUAAAAAAAUCAAGGGGAAAAGCCUCUGUGACGUGUGUAACGAUGGAGCCAAAUCCAGAAAUUAACUUUAGGAGUUAGAGUUGAAUCACUAGCACAAUUUGUCACUUUGCAAGAUUCAGGAAAUACGUGUUGAGGUGUGUCCCAAAACUCUCCAUAAGGUUGAGGACAGAGGUCACCAGGCCACACGGCCGUGGCUGGGCCGAUUUUGCGGGUGAGGUCAUGAGGCUCUUCAGCCUGUGACACUGGGCACAGCCUGUCCCCUUGGCGGCUUGGUUUCCUACUCUGUGCAGUGGGGUGGGAGGGCGUCAGACCAGUACCUCGGAGGGUCUUGGCAGAUGCCAGCUGGGGCGGUAGCCGUCCUUGAAGAAGGGAACGCUGACUUUGCCUGGUUACACUGCCGAGAGGGGGGGAGUGCUGGCACCGCGGGCUCCAGGCUCCAGCUCCUCGCCUGCUCAGGCCCUGUGACCUGGUCACGACCACCACGCUGCCUGGCCUUGGUCCAGCCUCUUGGCAGCCCCCCGGGCCCACUCACAGGCGGCUAGUCUGACCGCUUGGCUUUGUUGCUUCCUAGUCCGUCUGCCCUGGAGGAGCAGGAAGCAGGGAAUCGCGGGCUUUGGAGCUGUGUGGCGGAGGCAUGAGCUCCAAGGCUGUUGAGGAGCCCCACCUGGCCGGGGAGAGGCGUCUCCUCCCUCCAGGGCCCUUCCUCUGGGACAUUUUUGAGAUGGUUUGGCUCUCAGGGCUGAGCUACCCUGACUGUGGGAAGGCGUCGAGGCCCCUUCCUGACGUGGGGCGGCCCCGCCCCUCCCAGCCCACGCUCACCUGUGAGUUCCUGUCCACACUUGUGCUCUGCCAGCUGCGCAGCCUCGAUAAGGCCUCCUGCGCUCAGAACCCUUUCCCGGGACCCGAUGGGUUAUGGUAAUACUGCCCGGUGCCUCUGAAGCUGUGGCUCUCAGCCGUGAGCAGGUCUCAGGGCCCGCCCUCCCGCUGCGCCUCCUCACGGAUGGGGCUGGAGCCUCCCAGCUGCCUGGUGGACUGAUCCUCCUUCACACCCAGGCAUAAACUGAACAGCCUGCAGGGAAGACGUGAGUGGGACUCCUCCCCACCAGCUGCUCUGAACCCUCGCCUGGGCUGCUACGUCUGGACUGGGACGUCUUCAGCUUCGCCCUGAAGAGCAGGGCUCGUCUUGGCAACCAACAGAUGCAUGGAAAGACGGCUUCCCUGAAGAGUACAGAAAAACUAGACAGGGUCCAGAGACCCCCAGACUCCAGUCCGCACUGGCCAGAAGGCGUGAAGGAUGAAAACAUAAAGAAGUGUGGCCGAGAAGGGACACUACUGAGUAAAUACAACCAGCAAUACCACAGGCUGUUUAAGGACGUCCCCUUGGAGGAGGCGGUUCUCAAAGUGUGCUCCUGUGCCCUUCAGAGGGACCUCCUUCUCCAGGGCCGGCUCUACAUCUCCCCCAACUGGCUCUGCUUCCAUGCCAGCCUCUUCGGCAAGGAUGUCAAGGUGGUCAUUCCCGUGGUGUCGGUGCAAAUGAUCAAAAAGCACAAGAUGGCGCGGCUCCUUCCCAACGGCCUGGCCAUCACCACCACCAGCCAGAAGUAUGUCUUUGUGUCACUGCUCUCCCGGGACAGCGUAUAUGACGUGCUGAGGAGGGUGUGCACCCACCUGCAGCCUUCCAGCAAGAAGAGUCUGAGUAUAAGAGAGUUUCCAGCGGAACCUGAGUGCGAGUCUCUGGAAGUCCUCAUCCCCGAGAUGAAGUGGAGAAAAGUGUGUCCUGCCUCCAGGUCCCUGUCCCUCCCGGACAACAUCCCUUGUAUCCCUCGGGCAUCCGUGGGCUCCACGGAUGGCUUCUUCCCCUCCAGGAAGCCUCUGGGGUCUGAGAGUGCUGUCAGGGAGGAGGAGACGCUGGAGGAGGAGACCCAGAGCGCCGGGGAGCUGAGGCUCUGGGAUUACCGGCUCCUGAAGGUGGUCUUCGUGCUGAUCUGCCUUCUGGUCGCGUCCUCAUCCUACCUGGCCUUCCGCAUCUCCCAGCUGGAAUGGCAGCUGCGCUCCCUGAACUGGGCUGGCUCAGUCCCUGGGCACAGGUAACAGCCACUUGGCCUUUGUCCUCACUCCUCCGAGAAGAAUGCUCUGGGUGCUGAGGUGCCGCCAAUGGUCCCCUUGAUUGCUGCUGCUGCUGCGGUGAGACUGAGUCUGAAGGAAGACACUCCAGGUCCCUCCUCCUCCCCCCAGCUCUUCUCCCUCCUUUCAUGAGUGAUCUGAAGUAUCUGUUUACAAAGCUCCUAAAUUUUGGGACUCAGACAAAAAGCCAGAUUUUUGGAGCUAGCUGAGGAAUUCUGUUCACUAAGCUUCAGCAACCACUUAAAUGAAAAAAAAAAAUUAACUUGUUCCUUGAAAAUAGUCCUGGCACACAGGCAGAGCACUAGGAGCCACCCCAAGGGACAGAGGCCAUGCUUUGAUACUUGACUGUCACAUGGCUCACUCCAGUGGUGGGACAGAGGCCAGAACCCAAACCGCCAGUGUGGGGCCCCGCGGUCUCCCAACAUACUGUGCUCUCCCUGGGGUCCCCGUGGGUCCCUGUUCUGGGCCCCAGAGGGCUUCUCUCCAGGCAGCCAGGCACCCACCGGGGCAGACUGGAGGGAGGUGAGGCAAGCUCUGAACGAGAAGAGGCCUGUGGUCAGGACUCUAGCAGGAGAGGACCACGUCUGUGUGCUGUGCUGAGACUCUGUUCUGGCCCCUCACGCAGAGGUGGGCUGAACCUGGGCGGACGCGGCCUGCAGUAGGGGCCAGGCGCUGAGAAGGAAAACAGAGGUCUAGCAUUCUGUGUCCUCAGCUGCCACUUCCUGGUGAGGCAGGUGGAGCAGGGCCUUUGUUCACUGUGGUCACGGACCUGGUGCUGGACCUUCCCCCGGUGUGCUCAGACAUCGCCAGGGCGCCCCAGGUGGGACGUAGGGGAUGGGAAGGGCGGUGGCUCUGAGCUGAGGUCUUGCUUUGUACUCCCUGCCUGACUGCCCGGAUCUCGGGCUCGGCUGCGUAGCUGGGCAUGACGGUGUCAGGGCCCCGGGGCAGAGCUCGCUGUGUCACCUGCAGUCAGUGUGUUUGUUGCAGGCCAUGUAGGAGGGUCCACAGCUCCAUGGGCUCCGUUCUCCAGGAGUUAGAUGGGGGUGUCCAAGGAGGGCCUGGCACAGUGCAGGGGCCAGGCCAAGGGGGUCUGUCUGAUACCUCUGGGGACAAGAAAGGUAGAGAGUAGAAAGGGACACCGUGGUGGCUUUGCCUUAGAGAUUCUUUCUUCUCAACUGUCAAGGUCUUCUCAAUACUAAAAAGCUUUUCUGUGCCUUAAAACUCUGGCCUGCUCUCCCUGAAACGCCCAUCUGCUAAGACGUACCGUUGGAAGUUCUGGAAAGGCCUUUGUGAGGAGGCCAGAGGUAGCAGGGAAAAAGUUACUGGUGAUGGGGUGGGUGGUGUCAGAAACAGCCACUGUUUUCCCCUUUUCAGACACCUGAGAGGUAAAUUGGGGAGAAAUCCAGGUGGAAAUUACUCAGUGUGGCCGGUGCUGUGAUGGUCCUGUUUAUGACACAUCCAAAUGCACACCCGGGGGACUGUUGGGAGGUGACAAUGCUCUAAGCUCAGACUGGAGACCCUCAUCCCCUCUCCAUCCCAGGUUCCAGGACUGGGCUUAGAGCUUGGCCUUGUGGGCCGCUUGCACCAAGUCUGUAUGUCUCAGGUGCAAUGCCCUGUUCCCUUCUCCACAGUGCUAUGCUGGGUGAGUUUUUUGGAACCAGCCCCCUUCAUCACUUCUUUCCAUUAUAUUUUCAGGGAAAUAAUCCAACUUGCCCCAGCACCUCCCCUCCCUGGUCCUUGCUGAAGGGCAGGGAGAACAGGUCCAUUCUCUGAGCCUUGCUGAGUUGAGCCAGAGGCCAUGAGAGGUGCCAAGUCAUGGGUGGCUGUGCCAACCUGCUGGUGAACCGAGUCUCCAGCCAUGCCCCGGGCUCAGAGAGGGCGAGAGGCACGUAGGGGGCUAGGUGGCUUUGGAGGCCCUCUUGGGUCCAGGGCUUGGAGUGGUGUAAGUCUGCCUGUCCCUCGGCCAGCAUAUCUUCUGUUCAUAGACCACGUGUAUUUAUACAGACCUGCUGGCAUUGGUGGAUGCGCCUCUGAUUCCCUGAGAGCUUGGUUCAACUAUCCUUGGGUUGUUCCGUGAUGGCAUUAGCCUUUGAAAAUAUUUUUAAAUAAAAAUCUGAUUUUUCUAGUGUCC